AUGUCCUUUCCCACACAGGCCGCAGCUCGAUGCUGCAGACAGCUCGUCCGUCCCUCCACCUCCUCCCUGCGUCUUUCUACCUCUACAUAUCUGUCCCAGCGGACACCCAGCCGGAGAUGGCAGUCCACGGAGGCUGAGGCCCCUGCUGCCCCUGUCAACCCCAAGAUCUCGCAGAUUGUCGACCAGAUCAGCACAUUGACAUUGCUGGAGACCGCCGACCUUGUGUCUACUUUGAAGACCCGUCUCAACAUCCCCGACCUCCCCGUUGGCGGUUUCGCCGUUGCUGGUGCUGGGCCCGCUGCUGCUCCCGCAGCUGCUGAGGAGGAGGAAGCUGCUCCCGCUGCACAGGAGAAGACCCUUUUCAACGUGAAGCUCGAGGCUAUUGACGCCGCCUCCAAGGCUAAGAUCAUCAAGGAGAUCAAGUCGCUGCUUGGUCUGUCUCUGGUUGACAGCAAGAAGUUCGUCGAGUCUGCCCCCAAGAUGCUCAAGGAAUCCGUGCCAAAGGAGGAUGCCGAGAAGAUCAUCGAGACCCUCAAGGGUGUGGGUGCGACUGUCGUGAUGGAGUAAUGGGUUAAUAUAUGCUUCGGAUGAUUUUUAAUUGAACUGGCCUUGCCUUUCUUCCUCUUUUUUUCCCCGGUGGGACUUGAGGGAGAGGGCAGCCAGAUGUUGUGAUUGGACUGCAUCGUCGAGCUGGAGUUUUGUUCUCUCAACAACUCUUUUUUCUCCGUCAUAUAUCUCUUAUCAGGUUUUCGUUGACAACUGGAAUGUGGGAAAAGGGCGGCAAAUGUACAUUAUCUCUUGAUUUGGACAAUUUGGAUUUCAGAUGGAAGAAAGUUCUCUUUCCUGUUUGUCUUGUGCUGUCUUACGAGCUGACACGCUUUACGGGUCUGGUUCUCGGAGGAUUGACUGAUAGAUUGAUGUUCUCCAGUGUUUUAAUAGUAUCAACAAUCUCUGUAUUUUGUAUCCAUUUGUUU